AUGUCACAAGAACACUCUUGCAGCCAUCUGGAGGAGGUAACCUUUUCUGAAACCCUACAAACCAUAAAAAUGAAACCUCACCAGUGUCCAGAGUGUGGCAAAAGAUUCAGUCAUCAUGGAAGUAUGAAGACACAUAUGUUGAUGCAUACAGGUGAUAAAUUGCACGAGUGCCCUGAGUGUGGUAAAAAAUUUAGUCAACUUGGAAACAUGAAGAGGCAUAUGACGGUUCAUACAGGUGAUAAAUUGUAUGAGUGUCCGGAGUGUGGGAAAAAAUUCAGUCAACUUGGAUCUGUGAAGACUCAUAUGACGGUGCAUACAGGUGAUAAGUCUCACACGUGUCCAGAGUGUGGAAAAAGUUUCAGCCGUCUUGGAUCUUUGAAGACUCACAUGUCGGUGCAUACGGGUGAUAAACCUCACAAGUGUCCAGAGUGUGAGAAAAGCUUCAGUCGUCUUGAUAAUAUGAAGUCUCACAUGUUAGUGCAUACGGGUGAUAAACCUCAAGAGUGUCCAGAGUGUGGUAAACGAUUCAGUCAUCUGGGAAAUAUGAAGACUCACAUGUUGGUGCAUACGGGUGAUAAAAUUCACAAUUGUCCAGAGUGUGGGAAAAGCUUUGGUCGACUUGGAACUAUGAAGGCUCACAUGUUGGUGCAUAAAGGUGAUAAGCCACAUAAAUGUUCAGAGUGUGGAAAAAGCUUCAGUCGUCUUGAUAAUAUGAAAACUCACAUGCUAGUGCAUACAGGUGAUAAAGUGCAUGAAUGUCCAGAGUGUGGGAAAAAAUUCAGUCAACUUCAACAUAUAAAGAGGCAUAUGUUGGUUCAUACUGGUGAUAAAUUGCAUGAGUGUGCCGUGUGUGGGAAACGAUUUAAGCACCGUAAAAAUAUAAUACGUCACAUAUUAGUGCACCCCGGGGAUGAACCUCAAAAGCCACCAGGUGAUGUGGGUGUUGAAUAA